AUGGAGAAAGGCACAUCUUUCUUUACGACACCACCGUUCUCUGCGACCACCAGAGCUAUUUUCGAUACCAUGCCGCAAUGGUUUUCAUUUGCCGUGGGCUUGUUGAUUGCGUACCCCCUUCUCAUCAAUUCGCUGCGCCAUAGACGACUUAAAAAGCUACAAAAAAAGUUCUACUUCCCGACACGCGAGUCUAUGGCUAAGAUGACAGACGAAGAAGCAUUCCAGAUUCAAAAAGAAACGGCGCAGCUAGAAUUCCCAUUCAUGUUUGUGAAAGCAGGGCAGUUUGCUUUAUUUCGGACUUACGGCAUUCCAACAAUCUCCCACCUUCUCACAAAGACAGGGCAAUUUUCUAAACCAGAAACCUCCUUCAAGCGCUAUACAGACACAGCCGCCCUUAUCGGCGAAAUGGUAGAAAAUAGCCCUACCUCGCAACGGGCUUUUCUCUCUGUAGCCCGCACGCGUUUCCUACACAGCGGCUACCAAGCUUCAGGCAAGAUCCUUGAUACAGAUUUGCUCUACACACUUGCGCUCUUUGCGGUCCAGCCUGUAAAUUUCAUCGCGGCAUUCGAGUGGCGGCCGCUAAGUGAUUUGGAACGCUGUGCUAUUGGAACGUUUUGGAAGAGUCUAGGUGACGCGCUAGGUAUUAGUUCUGACAUCCUCCCGUCAGGUAAGACGGGGUUUAGGGAUGGAAUUCAUUGGCUCGAGGAGGUGGAUACUUGGAGUCAGGAGUAUGAGGCCAAGUAUAUGGUUCCAGAUGCUCAGAAUCGGGAAUCAGCGGAUCAGGCAACAGCUGUGUUGCUUUAUAAUUUGCCCAAGGUAUUCCAUCCGGUGGGAUUGCAGUUCACUUCGUUCAUGAUGGAUGACCGGCUGAGGAAGGCUAUGUUAUACGAACCACCAACGCCCUUCUGGACAAAAGUCUUCUCUGCCAUCCUAAUAACCCGCAAAUUCAUUCUCCGCCACCUAACACCCCCACGACCUUUGAUCUUCGCGGUGUCAAAUACAGCUAAGCAACCCGAUACAAACAACCGCUAUCACCGCAAAUCUUGGGACGCACUUCCCUACUACGUGAAACCAACAUUUUGGAAUAGAUGGGGUCCAAUGGCGUGGGUUUCCUGGGCGCUCGGUCAUCCUGUCCCGGGCGACCAGGGUGAGAAGUACUAUCCGAAGGGGUAUCAUAUUCAAGAUAUCGGGCCGAAGUAUUUUGAAGGAAAGGGGCAGAAGGCAAUUGAGGAGAUGAUGAAGGAACUGAAGAUUUCUAGGACGGGAAAGUGUCCUUUUCAUUAG